CCAAACCACAUGUCCCUCCGCGUAAAUUAAGUGUGCCGUCUUUAUCGGCUAGGUUCGCCCCUCCAAAGCUACCUGAGAAAAAUCCAGCCAUGAAGAUUGAAACGCAAUGCAAGAAACUUAAAGGGGAGAAGCUAUCAGGAACAGCAACAGUACGUAUCGCCAAAACUAUCAUCGUUCGGUACUUGUCUAUGCUGAAUGAAACCAGAGACAGUAUUUUAGUUACGGAUGUUCCUUGCGAACUCAAGGAUUACUUCCGGGUAGGUGACCAGUGGUUGAAGGUCAAUGAUAAUAUGCUGAAAAACGUCCACUUUGCCCGAGACUGUGUUCGAAUGUCAGACAAACCGGAGAUCGAGAUCACGCUAAAGAGAAUCCCGUUUGGAACAAUCUGUGACUUCCAAUGGAAUUCAGAUAAUGUUGACGACAUAGGGUUGAAACUCCACGGAAACGAGAUUGAGCGGGUAUAUCCAGAAGGUCUGGCUCAUCGCAGAGGAUCUCUACAGUCAAACGAUACCACUUGUCUGAACAGUGCAGGCUUGAGAUGCAACUACGUCAUCACUGAGGUCAACUUUGACUGCGUCCAACCCAAUGCAUCUACAGAACAGGUAUGGGAGAUGAUCAAGAAGGCAGGCCGCAUUGUCAUUCUCAUCCUCCACCCCGUGGACUUUCGUACCGUUCAGAGGGGCUACGACAUCGACGAAAACGACAUGUACGAAGAGGUGCGAUCGUAGGUCAUUCUAACAACAUGCGCUAUGGAACUUUAGAGAAGUGCUACAAAAUGGCAGUUCUGGUCUAAGAUCAUUCACUAAUGACCCGAAAGGAACUAAAGAGGGACUAGUCCAGAAUCUGGGCUAUUUAAUUUUUGACUUUCACCUCACCAACGCGACCUCCCCCUACUAACUUGCUGCCAGCCGAAGAUGGCGUGAUCAUUAAAUUAGGACGCCCGCAUGGCUUGGCUGGUGAGGUUAUAUGAGUUCGUUGAUAUCGCCAUCUUCGGCGACUUGAUUCAAUUGUAGGGGAUACGAAGAACCAGCAAGAUUCUGGUCUACAGGGGGACUAGAACAAGAGUGCACCAUAAAAAUGCUUAACUACACCAAAAUAUUGUAUCUUAAGUGAUUCAGGCAAUUUGCGUUAUGGAAUUUUUAGAGGAACUAUAAAACGGCUGACAACAUCGGAUAAGAAAAGCUCUGAAAUCAAUAGGUCACUCAAAGAACACGCUGAAUCUGACUUCAGAGGGACUACAACAUUGAUGCACAUCUGCAUUUUACGUCUUUCUUAUCUAAAAAUGUUUCAUUAAA